GAACACUCCAUUUGAUCAUCUUUAAUGUAGUCGAGAAAUUAUUUCAAUUAUCUCAAGACAGCGUCCUCCCCUAAACAUCUACCUUCCUCUUUCUCCCAGUGAUGAUUAGGGUUUCCUGCGCCACUAGAGAAGACCGCGAUCCAUCUCGGCCUCAGGACAACAAUUGAAAACCAAAUCGGCACUAGGGUUUUCCAUUCGUGUGUGACCACUUGUUUGUGGUGCUGGAUUUCCAGAAAAAUUUGGUCGGAAGCGCCGAAUCCUUGAGUGUUGGAGAAGCUCCGAUGUUGAUCAAUCAAGAACCGGCGAAUAAUCCAAUCGAUCUCUCUCGCUUGGCGUCCCGCUGGCGCUCGAGAGAUGAGUGGAGGAAGAUGAUCCAGGAGAUGGAUUCGGAGCCGAUGCCAUCGCAUUUGAACACCACCAACAGCUCUGGUCUGUUCCAUAUUGUAUCCACCGACAAGAUGUCCGUCCAUUACAACGGGACCCCGCAGCACGGGCAUGACGUUGGUGUCGUGCAGGCUGACUGUCCGGCGCCCACCAGGAGGUUGGCUUACUAUUUUGAGAUGACGGUGAAGAAUGCCGGGCAGAAAGGGCAGGCCGCUAUUGGCUUCACGAUGCAGCACUUCAAGAUGCGCCGACAGCCUGGCUGGGAAGCCAAUAGUUGUGGUUAUCAUGGCGAUGAUGGAUAUCUCUACCGUGGACAGGGAAAAGGGGAGUCCUUUGGGCCAACAUUUACUACAAAUGAUAUUGUUGGUGCUGGCAUUAAUUAUGCAACACAGGAGUUCUUUUUCACGAAGAAUGCAAAACUUGUUGGAACUGUUACAAAGGAUAUAAAAGGACCCCUUUAUCCAACAAUAGCUGUUCACAGCCAGAAUGAAGAGGUAACUGUGAACUUGGGGAGGAAACCGUUCUAUUUUGACAUUGAGGGCUAUAUUAUGGAAGAGAGAUUGAAACAGCAGUCAGUGGUUGAAAAGCUUUCCUUGCAGCCAAAUAUUAGCCAUCGGAUUGUUCGUUCCUAUUUGUUACACUACGGGUAUCAAGAAACAUUGAAGUCAUUUGACCUUGCGAGUGAAAGUACCUAUCCUUCAGUGUCCUCAGCUACAGAAAAUGGCUUUAGUGAUCAAGACGAUGUCUAUGCUCUUAAUCAUAGACAUAUACUCCGUCAGCUAAUCAAGAAUGGAAAUAUUGAUUCUGCAUUUCGAAAGCUUCGAGAAUGGUAUCCACAGGUUGUGCAGGAUGAGAUGUCUGUUAUCUGUUUUAUACUCUGCUCUCAAAGGUUUAUUGAGUAUAUUAAGGCAGAGCAGUCAGAAGAUGCGGUAAGUUAUGGUAGCACUGAGAUAACUAAGUUUUACAAAGUAAAGAGUUAUGCUGACCUGCUUGAGGACAUUGUUGGAUUGCUCGCCUAUAAAGUUCCUGAAGAAUCGAGCCUUGGAUAUCUACUUGAUUUGCCGCAGCGUGAGUUUGUAGCGGAUGCAGUAAAUGCUGCAGUUUUAUCCACAAAUCCUGCCUUGAAGGAUCCAAAUAGGUGCAUGCACUCGUGCCUGGAGAAGCUGCUGAAGCAACUCACGCUGUGCAGUCUAGAGAAAAGAGCGAUGAACGAGGACCAAGGGGAAGCAUUUUAUCUCCACAAGGAACUACAAAGUGCAGGAAAAUCCAAGCGCUCUUAGGACACAUUUAUACUGACCAGUCUCGAUCCUUCACAAUGCACAAACGCUCUUCAUCAACAGGUUUGACCUUGUCCAAAGGAAUACAUUGUAUUCAUUCAAUGUACACUGUAAAUAAGUAUAAUUACUCUUGCAUCCAGGAUGAAAACUUGUGUUGGAACUCUUUGGAAUUUGGUAAAACGCUAUUUAGUUUGAGUUAGAUCAAAUGUACCUCCUGUUUGAUAUACGAACACAAGUGUUAUUUUGAGCCUUUUA